UUUCUUCCCUUCUCUCUUCUUCCUCCUCCUCCUUCUUUUUACUUCCUCUCUUCCACCAACAUGGAAUCAUGAUCACCACCUCCACCUUCGGCAGUGGAGUCGUCGGCCCCUACACCGGCCACAGCCUCGCCCUUCGCAUCACCAUCGCCACGCUCGCCGCCAUCUCCUGCUACAAUGCCGUCGAGCUGGUCAUCCUCGUCUUCGUCACCUUCGCCCAGUUCCGCGGGCCCUACUUCUGGAGUCUGCUGCUGUCCGCCCUCGGCAUCAUCCCCUACUCCAUCGGCUUCCUGCUCAAGUACUUCAACCUCACCGAUGCCCCCGCCCUGGCCCUGGCCCUCAUCACCGUGGGCUGGUACCUGAUGGUGACGGGCCAGUCGGUGGUGCUGUACUCGCGGCUGCACCUGGUGCUCCCCAACCCGCGCAUCCUGCGCCGCGUCCGCACGAUGAUCAUCGUCGACGCCUGCCUGCUGCACCUCCCCACCACCGUCCUCACCUUCGGCUCCAACCUGGCCGCCAACAACGCCGUCUACAUCGCCGGCUACAACGUCAUGGAGAAGAUCCAGAUGACCGCCUUCUGCCUGCAGGAGUUCAUCCUCUCCGCCCUCUACAUCUGGGAGACCAUCCGCAUGCUGCGUCUGGACCCGGACCGCGGCAAGCGCAAGAUCAUGUACCAGCUCGUGGCCAUCAACCUCGUCAUCAUCGCCCUGGACCUGGGCCUCCUCGUCAUCGAAUACCGCGACCUCUACAUCCUCGAGACCAUGAUCAAGGGCGUCAUCUACAGCGUCAAGCUCAAGCUCGAAUUCGCCGUCCUCGGCAAACUCGUCCUCCUCGUCCGCGGCGGCCACAUCUGGAAGCCCGAAGCCGCCGCCAUCUACCGCUCGCACCGCCGCCCGGACGACUUCCCGGACUUCGUCGAUGCCACCCGCGUCACCUCCGAUCUGACCCACGCCGCCGCCCCCCGUCCGCGCUCCCACCCCUGGAUGGACUCCGAAGACGUGUCGAUCGCCAUCUUCGAGCACGCCGACCCCGACGCCGCGGAGAGCAGCCGCGACCCCGACCCCCGUCAGCGCACUGGCCACUCGGACGCCUCGCACUCGUGGAGCGGCGAGACCCAGACGAAUAACUCGGCGUACGCGGACGUGGAGCGCGAACUGAGUCCGUUGGAUUUUACGGAUUCGAUCGGGAAGCAAAAGUCGGAUUUACUGCCUGCUUAGCGGAUACCCGGAGACAGUACACAGUACAGAGUACAGAGUACACAGUACAAAGCUCGGUGCCUGACGAUGACGAUGACGAUGCCAAUGACAAUGACAAUGACGAUGAAAAUGAUGAUAUUUACGAGGCCAUGUACACUACAUACCGGCGGAUUGGCGGAUGGGCGGACUAUUUAAUUUGGCUUUUGAUUGUUGACAGCGGAGAUACCCCCCCACCUUUCUUUCCUUCUUUCUGUUUCGGACCAUGCGAGGAUUUCCAUGGUUCGGUGAAGUUAAUAUUUACUUGAUAUAAAUAAAACAUUUUCCAACUAUA